AUGUCCGUCGCCUGGAAAGACAAUACCAUCACAUCCUGGUGCCUUGAGGCGGUGCCUAGAAGUGAAAGAAAAUGGCUCUCAUUUCUUUCAUUACGGUUUGGAACCGUGCUUUGCAAUAUCACGGCGAUGGUUUGUUUCGCAUGGGCCAUGGAAGAGCACCGCAAGGGAUUUGUUUCUACAGAUGGGUUGGGGGAAUCUUGGGCCGGUAUCAACCUGGGCACAUCUACAUAUGGGUUUACAUGGUCUACCAUUUUCCUCAUCGUGGUAUUUUGCAACUGUGCCGUGCACCCCGGGGUGAUCAUUGCAUUUGACAGUGUUGCAUUCUGUGCCCAAGUUAUAACCAUCUGUUUCUAUUUAAACGAACUCGUCGGUUAUCAUCUCGGUGGAUAUGGGACCUAUACAACCUACGAUGGCAACAAGCUGUACGGGGUGGAGUGCUUGGGUUGCUCCGUGGUCCUUUUUGCAAUAACUUUCAACUUGCUCCUCCUUGUACGGGCUUCGAGGGCCUGCCACGCGCACCGAAAGGCUGGAAAGAUGGAAACAAAGCAUUCGAUUGAUGCUUAA